UCGAGGCAGAGUCAGGUCCCCGCAACUUGGCUCCAGGCUCACCAGGCUUCUGCACAAUAUUCAUGGGAUCCACGGAAUGGCCAAUGGACUCAGCUGGUGUGGAGAUCUGGAGAUCACGCGCAGGACCAUGGUGCGGAGGAGCGGCAUCAUCAAGAGCGCUUUGAGGGUGGUUCCCACACACCAUUGGGGUCGAUGAAGGGGACAGUGCCGUCAUGGGGAACGUCGGUGACCGGCCUCGUCGGCACAAGGGGUUCGGUUUGUGUUCGCUAUUCCGUGCAGGACGGGGGGAGGCGUACAGGGGAAAGAGGGGGGAAAUGGACGGUGCCAAUUGCGUGGAGCAUCAUGACAACAAGCGAGCAUCUCAUGACCGAGCGCAGUGGUCUUACACAAUGCGGCGGUGACCGCUCUAUUCGGGGCAGCGUGGGCGACGCUGACCGCAUCGGUGGGCGAGGCCAGAGGGGGCAGCCAGGGGUUUGUGGCCGGCUCGGGGAUUACGGGUGUUUGCGCACGAUCGAGAGAGAAUUGGAUACCCACGCCUCGGGCACAAAUGAUGGUGGUGGCGGACCUCAAUACGGCGGCUGGCGCGCCCAACGACUGGUGGUUGCGCUGCGAACAGUGGAAUCGAUCACUGUAACAGCCGGACACCGUCCACACCGUGUCCUCUCCCGUAGACAAACACAUCCCAACAGCUCAUCAUCUUGCAGGUCUGCUACGGCAAUGCGCCCUACACGCUGGGCCACGGCGAUGUGCGGCGACCAGGUGAGGCCACCUACCAUCGUCCACGCCUUAACCCUUCUCUGAUUCUCUAAACGUCUCAUUGUCAUCUUGUCUUGACAAGAGUUUCCUCCCUGCUCUGAUAGCGACUUCAACUAUAUCACAGCUACUCCGACUUGGCACUGGCUUGUUCGACCGUUGAGCGUGUCCUGCGUCGCGCGUCGGUGGCCUCCAUGGUGACGUUGAGCAGAGCAAAACAUCUUGUACAUACGAACGAGCGAUACAUGAUUCAAUUGAUGCCGAUGAAAGGA